UGGAUUUGUCUAAUAUGCUGCUAAAGAAACGAAACGAUUUAAUGAGACCAAGCGAAGAUUGCUUUGAACAAAUUUACAAGUAGAUAGAUCUAAAUAAUUGUAUAUUUUGAUUCAGCAGCACAGGUGGCACCACCAAAGCUAAACUUUCAACUUCCCUUCAAGGAUGCCUAGAAAAACAAGCGCCGAGUGGGCGGCAAUAUUUAUAGCAGCAGAUAGAGACAAAAGUGGGAAACUUGACGAGAAAGAGUUUAAGGAAAUGUUUGUCAGAUCGGGAGUCCAACUCUCAGAUCAUCAAAUCAAGAACACAUUCAAUUACUGUGAAGGCAACAAUGGAGACAAAAUGAUUACGUUUGACGAGUUUAUGAAAGGGAUGACAAAAAUGGAAAAUUUAAUAGUGAAGUUGACAGCCUUGUUCAAAAAAUAUGACAAAGAUAAGAAUGGUCAACUGAGCAAACAAGAACUCACAGAGGUGCUGCGCGCCUGUGGAGGGAAUUAUACGGAGGAAGAGAUCGUCAACAUCCUUGACCGAAUGGAUAGCAGCAGAGAUGGCAAAGUCUCCCUGGAUGAGUUCUUGAAUAGUAUCUUGUAGGAGAAAGCUGUGGGAUGCACUCGCUAAAUCUAAAAAAAAAGCGAAGGACAAAAGCUUUAUCUAUGCGAAAAUGUAACAACAAAAUUAACAAUGAACUAAGUGCCCCAUUGUUGCUCUUUUUUUUUUAAACACGAGUGAUUUGGAAAAUUAAAAAGAAAAUGUGUAAAAAAGUCUUUUUUUUUUCAAAAUCUAACUUUUAGGCAUCAGUGUUUACAUUUCGUAAAAUUUUAAAGUUUUCAUUUCGCAGUUAAUUAGCAAACGAUAUAAUUUGUAUAAGCAAAAAAAAAAAUAAAAAUAUACAAACAAUUGGUGAAUUAGAUAGUUUCUUUUACCCUUUGAAUGACCUAGUUAAUAUUUUAGCUUUUGUUUUCUUUUUAAAUAAAAGAACAUUUAUUAUUAGUUUUAUUUAGCACGAUAAAUAAGGGUACUAUGGUGUUACUAUAGUGUUCUCUAGCUUGGGUAAACAUUUUAUUUACUUUUUAUUAUGUUUUGAAAUCUGUAAACAAUAAUUCAAAAAUAAAAUGUGAUUUGAAAUGAAAUAAAA